AUGAAUCGUUUAAGUGCCAGUUUUCCUAGAUUAACAAUACGUUUGAAAGAUUUGACUAUUACACAAGUUGCUGGUGUUCACCAUCAUAAGGAACGUGGUGAUUUAGAAUUGUUCUUAGGUAUUAAACGAUCAAAUAGAGCAAAAGCUAAUAGAAAUACUCAUAAAAAUGAAAGAAUGUUUAGAAGAUUACGUGGACAAAAGACAAUGCUUCUUGAAUUACCUGACGAUGUAAAAAUACGUGAACGUGAAGAAAUGACUCCGGAUGAGCUGCGACGUGACAUGUUGAAAAAUGGAGUAAAUCCAUAUAAGGAUGUAUCUCCAAGAAAUUGGGAAGAACAUCAAAUAACUUUACAGUCGAUAUAUGGAGUUUUAGAUCCAUAUGUACCGCCAAAAAAUCCAAUCUCAUUUAUAAGUUUCUCGAGUCCUUUAAAAAAUUUGGAAGAAAAAGGCAAAGAAAUUUUUGGGAGAACGAAAGGAAGAUUUCAUAAUUAUAUGAAUGGUACUCGUCUGAUUAAGAAAAAAGAGGGUUAUGAAAAAUUUAAUGCUCGUGAGUGGGCUUCAAAAAAUGCAUUAAAUAUUUAUAAGAAUGCAUAUGAAUCAAUGAUGAGUAGAAAUGAAAAAGAAAUUUGUGAAUAUGUUACAGAACAUGCUUUUUCUAAAUUAUGGCCAGAUGUUGAAAAUGGUAGUAUAUUUUUCGAACUUGUUGAAGAAACGAAACCACCAAAAGUUGUUUCUGUUAGGUGUUCCGAUAAUCCACAAAACUCGGGGAAUAUGAUUGCACAAGUUAUUGUUCAAUUAUGUACAAAACAAAAAAUUGCUGUUUUUGAUAGAUUUGGGCAUUUAAUUCUUGGUUCAAAAGAUAAAAUUAAAGAUGUUGAAGAAUAUAUUGUAUAUGAAAAUCAUAUUGCUGAUACAGAUGGUAAAUGGAGAUUGCACGAUAAAGUUUAUCCAUCAUUUGCUGAUAAUGUAAAGGAAAUUCCUUUAAUUACAAAGCUUGAAAAACCUAGCAAAUCUAAAGAAAAGUCUUUGGAAAAUGUUGAAUCUAAGAAGUCCAUUGAUAAAACGGAAGAAGAAAAAAAAGAGGAAAAGUAG